AUGGAAGGACAUAUAAUGGAAGAAUGUCGUGAUCUGGAAGACAAGAUUCAACAACUGAUUGAUACUAAGGCCGUAUGCUUGGAGGACUUUUCCACAAAGAAAGUUCAAAUCUAUGCAAAUUACAGACAAAGCCGCCUUCUGAACGGCUGUUCCCUUGCUUACAAACAAAGAUUGUCAAAUUCUCGUCUACUCACAUUAUCAUUUGGCCACCCAGCUACCGUUCAGACUAGCAUGGAGAUAUUGUCAGACUCAACUCGCUACUGUGACCAACCUAUUCUUCAGUUGGGCUCUUGUCUCCUAUUUUUCUCCUUCCCCUUCGUUCUCCCUUUUUUUUCUGGAGAGGGCAGCCAGACGCCAGCGCAGCCUCAUCUUUCCCCGCCAUCUCCCUCUCUUCUUCUCCCCUCUUCCUUCCCCCCCCCUUCUCGUGGCUGUUCUUCUCUCUCCCUUCCUCCCCUUCCCGUCGCUACUCUCUCUCUUCUCCUCUCCUUCCCCUCUCUCUCUCUCAGCGUCGCCUCCCCUCUCUCUCUUCCUUUUUCUUUUUCCGGCGACCCUCCCGUCUUUUAUUGCCAUUGUCUGACCAACAGCUACCCUUCUCCCGCCUUUCUCUCCUCCCUUCUCUCCUCUUCUCCCUCUCGUUUUACUCUUGUCUCCCUUUCCCUCUUCUUCCCUUCUUUUUCCCCCUGUUCUCCUCCUCUGUCGCCCCUUCCUCUUCCCCUUGUCUUUUUUUCUUGUUUUGCAGGAACAUCACCAGGCGCAGCAGAUCGCUGGCAAGGACUAGGCGGCGCCGCCCCCUCUCUGCGCCCGGCCAGCAGCUGCAAAGAGGAGAAUCUCCGACCAGCAACAUCAGCGGCUAGUAGCAGCACCAGGCGAGUUCCUGCCAGAAACGGACAUCGAAUUCCAGCAAAUAAUGUUGAAGCUUUUGAGUUUAUUAAAACGGAUCUUGACAGAUCCGUCCAGGUUUUGAACUUAGAGUUCAAGAUGUUGAAGAUUUGCCUAGCAGAAAUUGUGGACGAAGCCUUGUUCAUUUUAUUGUUAUAUAUAUGUUUAUUGGUUCUUUAUUUUUUCUUGUAAUUUUUGUAUAACUCUUUAACUCUAUAUUUAUGAAAUGAGUUUGGGGAUCGUCUAAGGGGAGGGGGGAUUAUUUGAAAAUAUACUUGUGUUAGAAAGCAUGAAUAUAGGUUUGUCAUCUCUUUUGAGAAAGCGGUUUUAGAUCUAGCGAUAAAAUAAA